CACACGCCGCUGCGCCAUGGCAACAAGCCAAGGCGUCCAGCACUGCCAAUCCCACUGGCUCCACGUGAGCUGUUGCCGCGCUGCGUGCCACCGCGCCGGCGGUGCCCCGGCGCGCGCAAUAAUGCCCGCCCCGGCGGCCUCCUAUAAAAGCGCCGAGCUCCGACGACGCCACCCCGCAGCUCGUGCAUCAAAAAGCAUCAUCACUUCAUCAGCUCGCUAGCUAGCAGCGGCAGCAAUGGCGUUCGCCAAGCUCUCCGCGGUGCUGGUCCUCGCCGCCGUGCUCGCGCUCUCCUCCUCGCCGCUCGCCCUCGCGUGGGAGAAAGCGGAAACAGAGUGCGGCUCGUGCCAGAAAGGCACGCCGCCCUCGGCCGGCGGGCUCCCGUUGCCCCCCGUCACCCUGCCAUCCGUCCCUCUGCCGUCGGUGCCCCUGCCACCAGUCGCCGUGCCGUCGGUGCCCCUGCCGCCGGUCGCCGUGCCGUCGCUCCCCCUGCCCCCGUUGCCGAAGCUCCCCGUGCCCGUCCCGCCGAUCAUCGGUGGGAGCCCGCCGACGAAGACGCCCGGCGGCCGGAAGGCGUGCCCGCCGCCUCCGACGCCCACGCCCACGCCCCCGACCCCGACGCACCCGCCGUCCUCGGACAAGUGCCCCAUCGACGCGCUGAAGCUGGGCGCGUGCGUGGACGUCCUCGGCAACGAGGUGCACAUCGGCGACGCCAACGUCAAGUGCUGCCCGCUCGUGAAGGGCGUCGCCGGCCUCUCGGCCGCGGCGUGCCUGUGCACCGCCCUCAAGGCCAAGGUGCUGGACCUCUCCGUCUACGUGCCCAUCGCGCUCGAGGUGCUCCUCAACUGCGGCUGCGCCGUCCCGCCCGGCUACAAAUGCGCUUAAACAAACGAUGCCACCACCCCCGUGCACGCGUGCACAGCAAAGGUCUCCUUUUCUUUUUCCCCCCCCGACUCGAGCACCAAGUUUGAAAGGCUAGCUCCUCCUCGACGGAUUUGGGUGAUGAAGCCGCCACUCGAUCGCUUCCGGGUCGUUCAGCUAGUGCAUCGACCAUUCCUUAUUUGAUUUGAUUUGCUAUAUCUUUUCUUGUUGCAUGUUUGUAUAUGCAACUAGUGUCACCUCAAAUGUCAUCGAUGGAUCUGUAUUUUUUGUAUCUUGUAACAAACUAUAUUUGUUCCGAAUUCUGCCAAUUCAAUUCAUGUUUGUACUGCUUCCUUUGUUGUA